AUGGUGGAUUUCACGCUAGAUGACGACGAUCGAGGGUCGAACGCGAGCUCCGACAAUGAACAAGAUGAUAUGAUGGAAGAUGCGGAUGACCUAGACCCUGAAGUAGAUGGAGACGGGGACGGGGACGGGGACGGGGACGGGGACGCGGAUGGGGAUGGGGAUGGGGAUGGGGAUGGGGAUGGGGAUGGAGACGGGGAUGGAGAUGCUGAUGGAGAUGAAGAUGUGGAUGAUGAUGACAAUGACAAUGACAAUGACGACGAUAAUGGGGAGGAUGACCAAGACGAUGGCGAUGGUGAAGACGAUUCUCCUGCGCAAAUCCAGAGAUCAAGUCUGCACACCUCAAACCAGAGCUCGAACUCAAACGACAUUACGAUGCUGGGGCGAAUGAAUGGUGGGGGACCUACCUCACAUCCACAUCCAACUUUAAUAAGGACUUCCGCCUCGCCGCAACAUAUUUCGGCUCCAUUAUUAUCCCCGAGAUUCAGAUAUGAAGUUAGGCCCGAAGCACUAACUGCUUCUACCUACGAUAUCGUACCUACGAUAGCUGCCCCACAGAGUACAUCGAUCAAUGCGAUUACCGCGACACCUGACAUGAGAUACUGGUUCAGUGGAGGCUCGGACUGUUUUAUAAGGAAGUACAAUGGUGUUGACACGGUGAAUGGCAAAACAUUACUGACUGUUGCUCAACGGCAUCCUUUCGUUGAUAGUGUGGUUAAGGCUGGCGUACUCAUGAGCUACUGGGAUAACGAAGAAUCAACUAGAGGCCCUGGAGGAGAGGAGCCUUCGUUGUCUCCGGUCUAUUCAUUGGCGGUACAAUCUGAGGCUCUCUGGAUGUUAUCUGGUCUUGAAUCUGGAAGCAUAAAUUUACAGUCGGUGCGACAUGAUGAAGGGAAGAGAAUUGCUGUUCUUUCAAAACAUACAUCUGCGGUUUCGGUACUGAACCUCGCUCGCGACGAGAGAUCAGUGUUAUCAGGAAGUUGGGACAAAAAGGUUUUGGAUUGGGACUUGAAUACCGGGUUAGUCAAACGCGCUUUCGAUGGUAGUGGAGGUCAAAUCUCCGCAAUUGAAGUAAGGCCGGCUUCUACUUUACCUGUUCCCGAAGAGUCUGGCGUACCUACGCCUCAAAACGGAACUUUCUCUAGCAAUGAUGGGGAAAAGGCAUUGUUGAAUGGAUCUUCUGGUGGUAUUAAUGGUACGAAUGGAUUUGGUGGUGACGCAGAAGGUAAUGAGGAUGCUCCUGGGUCGCCUGCAGAUUCUCUUUUCGGGGGUGGAGAUUCAUUAUUUGGAGACACAGAUGGGCUGGGAGCUCCCUCCGGAGGGAAUUUUGGCGACGAUGAAGACGAAUUUUCAAAGGCCCUAGAUAUAAACAUAGAUGCACGCCCAGAUUCUCGAGGUGAUGUGCCCAUGAUGGAUGCACCACCUCCACCAACUGAGGAAGAAGCUUCUACUUCCCUUCAAAUCCCAUCUGAACAACCACAUUCAGACUUAUCAAAUGGCUUACAUCACUCUGAUGAAAUAAUUGAAGCAAAAAUAGAGCCUGAAACCCAAGAUGCUGAUGCGACAUCUGAUUCGACGUUCCUUGCUGCCUCUAUCGAUGGGACUAUUCGUGUCUGGGAUAGACGUCAGCCGAACCCAGUUGCUCGAAUCUUGACUAGGACAGGGGUUCCCCCAUGGUGUAUGGCUGCUUGCUGGUCACCUGACGGAAACUAUAUAUAUGCUGGUCGAAGGAACGGCACAGUGGAAGAGUUCAGUUUGCAUAAAGGUCUCAAGCAACCCGAAAGAACAUUCAAAUUUCCAAACGGAAGUGGUGCAGUUAGUGCUAUGAGAGCCAUGCCCAAUGGCAGGCAUUUGGUUUGUGCAUCGCACGAUAUCUUACGUUUAUAUGAUCUUAAGCAACCACAGACCAAAUCACAUUCAUCCGUACCUUUCCUUAUCGUUCCUGGUCCCCCGCGAGCUGGUGUUAUAGCUGCACUUCAUAUCGAUCCAACUUGCAAAUACAUGAUAUCAGCUGCCGGGAAUCGAGGUUGGGAAGGUAGUACGACUGAAGUUAUGAUUGGAUACGAGAUCAACAUUCCCACUUGA